AUGAGCCGUAACCUGGAGCAUUGGGUUUGCGGCCACGCGUGCCUGAUCGUGCUGGCGGUGGCCUCCGUGGGGGCCGCGCCGCUCCAGCAGGACGAAGGUCAGCGCCUUGUCGAUGCGGUCAGGGAUCGGGACGAGGCAGCGGUCGAAGCCCUUCUCGACGCCGGCGUCGAUGUCGACGUUCCACGGCCCGACGGCGCCACGGCGCUCGCCUGGGUCGCGCACCGGGACGACAUCGCGACGGCCGUCAGGCUGCUCGAGGCGGGUGCGGCGGUCGAUGCCGCAAACGGCUACGGCGUCACGCCGCUUGCCUUGGCUUGUCUGAAUCGCAGUGUCCCCAUGGUGGAGCUCCUGCUCGGCGCCGGAGCCGACCCGAACGCUGCACAGAUCAAGGGCGAGACCGUGCUGAUGACCGCGGCCCGCACCGGACACUCCGGCAUCGUGCGUCGCCUGUUGGCGGCCGGUGCAGCACCCGAUACGCGCGCCGGCGCCGCUCGGCAGACGGCCCUGAUGUGGGCGGCCGCCGGCGGCCACAGCGGCGUGGUUCGUGAUCUGCUCGACGCGGGCGCCGACCCCGGCGUCCAUACAGCCGACGGCUUCACCGCCCCUGCGUUCGCGCGCCGAGCGGUUGGCACUCGAUUCGGCGCGGCUCCUGCUCGACCGCGGGGCCGACGUCGACGAGGAGGAAGACGAGUCCGAUCGCCUCGCCCUUUCUUGGCUAUCGCCAUGGACCGGGUGGCGAUGACGCUGCUCCGGCGCGGCGCCGACCCAAACGUGAGCGCCCCGGGGUACGCGCCGCUGCACCUUGCCGUGCACAGGAACCUGCUGGAGGUCGCGAGGGCGCUGCUCCAGCAUGGCGCCGACCCCAAUGCCCGCCUGCAGAGCGCCCCGGCGCAGCUGUUCGGGCCCAACCGCGGGGCCGGGUCGGAAGUGCCACCCGAGGCGGCGGAUGCGGCCGCAGUGAACGCGACCGGGACCUUCGUUCAACAACCCGCCCGGGAAGCCAACGUCAGCGCGACCCCCUUCUUUCUCGCGGCCAAGUUCGUCAACACUCCCAUGAUGACGAUUCUCGUCGAGGGGGGCGCCCAUCCGGAGAUGACCAUCAACGAUGGAACGACCCCGCUCAUGGUUGCCGCGGGGCUGACGCAGGUCCAGGGUCCCAGUGUUCGGCGAGGGCAGGUCUCGCCGUUUACGACCAACUGGAACGAUACGGACAGCCUGGAGGCGGUGACCAAUCGCACGGAGUACGCAAACGCGGUGCGGGAUCUGCUCGGCGUGGAGGUCGAUGUGCGCUCGGUGCUGCCGGCCGACGAUUCCGGGUACGGUUUCGACAAUAUCGCCGACGUUCUCUCGCUCUCGCCGGGUCUGCUGGACCGCUAUCUGAUCGCAGCGAACCGGAUCGGUCGCCUUGCCUUGGGCGACCCGACCAUCCCCCCGCUGACCGAUGUGUAUCCCGUCUCGAGCUAUCUCGCGCAGGGCGGUCGCAUGGGCGACGACAUGCCGUUCGGGUCGCGGGGGGGCACGUCGGUUCGGCACCAUUUCCCCGUGGACGGCGAGUACGUGAUCGGCGUCCGCCUGAGCCGGACCGGAUUCGACGGCAUUCGCGGAUUGCAGCGUCAGAACACGCUCGAUUUGCGACUCGAGGGCCGGCUGCUGCGCUCGUGCGAGAUACGGAGGCGAUGGCACCCGACGCGUCCCGUCCGGACGCGACGUCCAGACCUGGAUGACGACACCUUGCGGGUCCGGGUCGCCGUUGCCGCCGGGCUGAAGCGCAUCAGCGCGGCGUUCGUGAGCGAGCCGCGUCUCCCCGAAGGCAUCUUCAAGCCGGUCCCGCCGAUCGGUACGUUCGACGAAUUGAAUCGACCGGACGCGAAUGCGGGGGUCGGGCGCAUCGAAGUGCGCGGCCCCUACAAAGGGGCGGCGCCCGCCGACACGUUGGGCUGUCGGAACGUCUUUGUCUGCUACCCGGGGGCGCCGUCGGAUGAACUGGCGUGUGCCACCGAGAUCGCGCGCACGCUGGCCCGCCGCGCGUAUCGCCGCCCGGUAUCCGAUGCGGAGGUGGAGCGGCUGCUGUCGGUCUACCGGGAAGGCCGCGCCGUGGGCGGCUUCGACACGGGAAUCGAAUGGGUCCUGGAGCGCGUGCUGGUAUCGCCGGCGUUUCUGUUCCGAACGCCGAUCGAGCCGCUCGACGCGACGCCCGGCGCCCCGCAUCGGCUGAGCGACAUCGAGCUCGCGUCCCGACUGUCGUUCUUUCUCUGGAGCAGCAUUCCCGAUGACGAGCUGCUGACCGCGGCCGAGCAAGGGCAACUCAGCGCGCCGGCGGUGCUGGAGCAGCAGGUCCGGAGGAUGUUGCGCGAUCCGCGCGCCAGUGCGCUCAGCAGCAGUUUUGCAGGCCAGUGGCUCUGGCAGCGCAACCUGCUCGUCCAUACGCCGGACCGCGAGUUGUUCGCCGAGUUCGACGACAACCUCCGGCAGGCCUUGCAGACCGAGACACGGCUCUUCCUCGAGAGCCAACUGCGCGCGGAUCGACCGGCACUGGAGCUCCUCACUGCCGACUACACCUACGUGAACGAUCGCCUGGCGCGCCACUACGAGAUCCCGGACAUCUACGGCGGCCACUUCCGGCGGGUGGAGCUGACCGGGGACCGCCCCGGCGGACUGCUCGGCCACGGCAGCAUCCUGACCGUGACGUCGUACGCGAACCGGACGUCGCCCGUACUGCGGGGGAAGUGGCUGUUGGAGAACGUUCUCGGUUCCCCUCCGCCCCCGCCCCCGCCCGAUGUGCCGGCGCUGGAAGAGAACGACGAGCGAGAGGUCCCCGCGUCCGUGCGGGAGCGUCUGGAGGUGCAUCGACGAAACCCGGUGUGCGCGAGCUGCCAUCGGCCGAUGGACCCCUUGGGCUUCGCGCUCGAGAACUUCGAUGCGACCGGCCGCUGGCGGGAUCUUGGCGCAGGCGGGGAUCCGAUUGACGCAUCCGGGCAUCUGCUGGACGGUGCCCCAUUCGAUGGGCCGAAGGAGUUCCGGGAGGCGCUGGCUUCCCGAGGCGAGGAAUUCGUGGGUACGGUGGUAGAGAAGCUGCUGACCUACUCCCUCGGUCGGGGGCUGGAGUUCUACGACAUGCCGGCCGUUCGGGAAAUCAUGCAACAGGCGGCCGCCGAGGAUUAUCGGUGGUCGGCGUUGAUUCUGGGAAUCGUCAGAAGCCUGCCGUUUCGGAUGCGGGCUGCGGAGCCGCCGGAGCCGUCCGUGUCGGCGCCGCCGUUGCCGGGGAGACAGCCAUGA